AUGCAUCGAUAUCGACAUUUUGAUGAUGUAAUCGACACAAACACUUCGCAUACCGCUGCCAUUUUACCAGACAUCGAUGUUGAUGAACCAUUUCAAGUGCAAUUUACUCCGCAAUUGGACAGUUAUCCUUCGAACUUUCAGAAAUUCAAAUAUCACUUUUCACGACGCACUCGCCUUGAGCGUUCUCUUAUUUUUCUGAUUCUUAUUUUGCUCAGCGUUUUAUUUAUUGUAAUUCUCAUAUCUCUCUUUCAUUCGAAACCUCAACCGAAAUCCGACGAGACAGUAUGCUUGACUCCAUCGUGUGUUCAAGUAUCGUAUAUUUUAUCAUCGAGCAUGAAUCAAUCCGUUGAUCCAUGCGAAGAUUUCCAUCAGUUCGCAUGUGGUAACUGGAUUCGACAGAAUCUCAUACCGAAAGGUCAUUCAUCAUGGUCAACAACGCACGAAUUAAUGCAAAAGAAUAUGAUUCUAUCGAAAAAUAUUCUUGAACAAUCGUCGAUUUCAUCGCUGAAUACCGCUCAACAAGAAAGCAUCAAAUUCUAUCGAUCGUGUAUGAACAUCACUGAAAUCGAACGAUUAAAUUUGCAACCAGUCGAAAAUUUUUUCGAGAAAAACUUAACGUUCAGUCUGAAGCAGUGGAUCGAUAUCAAUAAAACUCAAACUUGGCAGCAAUUAUUUGUCUCUUUAACAAAUAUUCUUUCGGCAACCUACGGUUUCUUCGAUGUUUUACCGAUCAAAAUCAGCUCCGACGAGAAAAAUUCCACCUGGAAUAACAUCCAUAUUGAUCAACCAAAGCUUGGAUUGGUUAGUCGGGAUUAUUAUGUCGAUUCACCAAGUGAUAGUCAAUCAAACGCACGAAAUCAAAAGAUUCGAGAAACUUACGGCAAAGUAGCUUCAGAUAUUUUGCAAUUAUUUGGCUUUGAAAAGAACGACUCAAUCAAACGUGUGAACGAUAUCAUUCAAUUCGAAACUGAACUAGCCGCAGUCAGCUUGCCUAUGGAAAUUCUUCAGAAACCUAAUGAAACAUAUCAUUUAAUGACAGUCAAACAACUUCAAGACCAAUAUAAAUCUAUCGGCUGGAAUAUAAAGUCUUAUCUGAAUGAUAUGUUCAAUCUGAACGCAUCGAACCCGAUUAAACUUGAUGAUGACGAUCAAGUUAUUGUUUUAUCAUAUGAUCUCAUGUCCAAUGUUUCGCAAAUUGUUACGAAAUAUCUAUCGACGCCAAAUAAGAGUCAUGUUGUUAUCGAUUUCAUCUUAUUUUCGUUAAUCGGAGAUAUGACUUCACAUCUACCGUUGAUUUUUGAACAAACUGUAUUACCAUUGAAGAAAGUGCUACUUGGAACUGAUUCCAAUCCUGAUCGUUGGGAAACCUGUGUGAGAAAAACAGACAAAGCGCUUGGUUUCGGACUUGGCGCUUUAUAUGUCAAUACUGCGUUUGGUGAACGUGAUCGGUUGAAAGCGAAUGAGCUAAUAAAAAAUAUUCGUGAAAUCUUCGGAGAAAAUCUCAAUAAACUUCAGUGGAUUGAUGAACAGUCGAAAAGUGAAGCAAGGAAAAAACUCGAUAAAAUCUAUGAAAAGAUUGGUUAUCCCGAUUUUAUCAAAAAUGACACCAAACUAAAUGAACGUUAUGCUGAUUAUUCGAUGUCUGAAAGUGAAUUUUUCAGCAAUGAACUCAAAGUUCGCAGUCGAGAACGUCGAUGGUCAUUAUUACAGUAUCGACAGAAAGUUGAUCGCACUGAAUGGGAUAUGACACCAGAAACAGUGAAUGCUUAUUACAAUCCUUCCGAGAACGAAAUCGUCUUUCCAGCGGGAAUUUUGCAGCCACCGUUUUUUCAUAAAGACUUCCCGAUUGCGAUCAACUAUGGUGGGAUUGGAUCUGUAAUCGGACACGAAAUAACACAUGGUUUCGACAAUCAAGGUCGAGAAUUUGAUGCCGAUGGAAUGAUGCGUUCGUGGUGGACGAAAUUCUCAGCGGAUAAUUUUCAAGAAAAAACCAAAUGUUUCGUCGAUCAAUAUGGACGUUUCUCAUUAGACGGACAAAAUGAAAAUGGUCAAAGAACAUUAGGUGAAAAUAUCGCUGAUAAUGGUGGGAUCAAAAUCUCAUACUUAGCUUACCAAAAGUUGAAAGGACAUCUGACACAAUCGGAUCAUAAUCUUCGCCUUCCCGGCUUGGAUUAUACCAAUGAUCAGUUGUUUUUCCUUGCGUUUGCACACACUUGGUGUAAUAUAGAGACGACGAAUGCAAUGCAUUUUGAUUUAACAAACGAUCCGCAUUCCCCUGCUCGAUUUCGAAUCAAAGGUACCUUACAAAACAGUGAUGAAUUUGCCAAAGCAUUUGAUUGUAAAUCGAAAACAAUGAUGAAUCCAAGCAGUAAAUGUCAACUAUGCGGUAGUCGACAAGAAUUUAUAGAUUUACUUUGUCGGAUAACAAAAUCAAAUGAUGAAACGUCGGCAACAACAGAUGCAGGUAUUGCUGCCAUGGCUGACACCAGUGUUGAUAUUCCGACGAAUGAGCCAGAAGUGACAGUCAUUGACGAUACAACAGCAGCCGAAGAUGGUGAAAUUAUCACAUUAGACGAUGAUGAUGACGACGGUGAAAUACUUCCUAAUAAGAAGGAAGUCGAAGACGGAGAAAUCACUGAAUCAGAAGAAUCUGAUAAUGAUGAUCUUGAGGUGCUGAAUCUACGUCUAAAUGCUUUACGAUCAUUGCCAGGUGCCAAAGAGGCACGACGACAAAAGCCUAAAAAAUCCAGGCUGCGUCGCAAACAAUACAGUGACAGCAAUCGAUAUGUUACCGAUGAUAUCGAUCUGCGUUCGCCAAACAAAUCUCGCUCUUUCCGUCAUAUAAGUCAAUCGUCGAAUCAUGACGAUCGAGAAUAUCUACUCGAUAAAGACUAUCGACAUCCAAGUGUCUUCGACAUGCUUGUGUCUCUUAUCUCUCCUGACAAUAAUAAUAUCAACAGUAAUACUAGAAGAUUUCAUGAUAACUACGACAUUCAACAAAUGGAUAUCGAUGAUCAACCUAUGCCAGCCCCUCUUCCAUCAGGACCACCCCCACCAUUGCCACUAAAUCACAUGCCAUUCUUCGAUCCAUUGCCACCACUUCCACCGCCUCCACCGAUGCCUGUAUUUGAUAUGUUCGCAACAAAUCAAACAAUUCCUUCGACAAAUUGGCCACGACCUAAUUUUGUUCAACAACUUCCACCUCCAGUACCUAUUCCCACAGAAUUAUGGCAACAAGCAUUUCAUAAUCCUACUGAUACAGAUCUGCGUGUACCACCAACUAUGAAUCAUCUGAUUCAUCAACAGCUUCCAGUGCCGCAGAUCGUCGACCGCAUACCGCAUAAAAAAGCAUCACCGCUACAACAAAGACGAAAGCGUACGAAGAAACCAUCAAAGAAACAUCGUCAUCGUCAUGAACCGGAACUGCAAUCGUCUGUCGCUAUUCCUAUUACUGUCAUUGAUAUAGAUAAAGAGCGUGAACUCUCACCAUCAAUUGUUAAUCAUGUCAACGAAAAUGAUGAAGAAGCCGAAGAUGACCUCGAGGAACGUUUAUUGCGCGAACAACUUCUGCGUACACUAUCAAGCAAACGCAAAGUUCUGAUCGUCCAACAACCAACGCCUCAGCCAGAACGUAUUGUGACCAUCGAACCAAUCACGUCUCCAUCUCCACCACCAGUACCACAACAAACUGUGAUUCAGCCUACUCCAAUCGUGGUAAACAAGCCAAUAGAAGUGAAAUCUACAUCGCAAUACACUAUCGAUCAGCGCUAUAAACGUGUCAAAGCUAAUAUAUCAUUGACAAAUGUUACUAAUAAAACGGAAACAACAACGACAGUUGUUCGAACGACGACUCAGCCAGUUUUUCAAACACGGAAUAAAAUCGUUCGUGCUCCGGAAGCUGAUCUGGCUGACUUUCCUCAGUCGAAUCCGAUCAUAAUUACAUUCGAUGAACAGACCACAGAUGAUGAAGAGCAACAACCACAACUAAUAGUGAGCAAACCAACUGAAUCAACCUAUGCUGUUGCCGAUGAAGAACGGCAAGCUAUCAAACGCUUGCAGCAAGAACAAGAAGAAGUACUUCGACGGUCUAAUAACAGUGAAUCAUCAAUGAAAUUAGCACAGCCUAAAGUUCAAACACCAUCGAUAGAAAUCGCCCAAGAAGCAAUACCAUCAACGGAUGAAUUGAGUGCUUUGCUUGAAAAGCGUCGAAUGUUACUCAACGAACGAUCGAAAUACCAGGAGAUUCAAGAGAAAAUGAAGAAGAAAAAGUUGGAAAACGGCCUUUUUGCACGUGAUAUCGAACGGCUCGAAGAACAGCUAACUGCUAAGAAAGCAAAAAUCAAUAAGAAUAACCUAUUUUUACAGUAUUGGGAAAAACAGGCUCUAGCUAUCGCUCAGAACAUCAGACAACAGGAAGAUUUAAUUCUGCAAUCUGCUGUAUUCAAAUCUACUCAACCACCUUCCUCGUCAAGCAUUAAACCUCGAACGUCAAUCGAAUUUGAUUGUGCGAAAAUUUCCAGCGUCUUCGAUGAGAAUAUUACGCAACUGUUACUCUCAUUACUUAUUUGCCCUUUGAAUCUUUAUCGAAAACUUCGUUCAUAUCACAGCUGGCUGAAUAGAAUAUCGAAAAGACUUCCAACGUCGCCUGUAGCCGAUAAUUCCUGUUUAUUGCUACGCACACGUUCUUUUCCUACUAAAGAUAAUGAACAGUACUGGAAAACCUGUCUACAAUCCUAUUUUAUCGAUAUCAAUCAGAUUAUGUGUCCUUAUGAACUACAAGGUUCUUGUAAAGCUCAAAGUUGUAUUUAUCAACAUCAACAUCAAAUAUCUAGUAGAAUCGAACAAUUUCUCUCUUCGAAACAAUUCGAUGAGAAAAAUAAACAAAAGCUUCUCAAUCAAAUGACAAAUCUAUGUUCAUUACAAUCAUUUGAUAUCGAUUUUUCUUUGUUUGAGAAGAAAAUCAACGAACGACAAUAUCAACGUUGUCGAACGAAACUUGAUCGAUACCUGGCUAUUUAUCACGAAGAUUUUCGAUACUUCCGCGACCAAACGAACAAUGGCAAUCAAUCCAUCAUUCAUCCAAUUCUACUCAGCGUUUCCAAUCAACUAGAUUCUGAUGAUUUUUCUGUGGAACGCGCUGUCGCAGAUCUCGUUGAAGGUCUCGAAUCUCAACGAACUAACGCUCAAUUAUGGUGCCUCUAUUUGGAAUUCUCUAGUUGGCAUAUGUCAUCCACUGAACUAGAACAUUUGUGUUUAGCUGCUCUGAAGAAUGCUCAAAGUUAUGAUUUAUUCUGGACGAUCUUUUAUUUAUGUACAAACAACUUAGAAGAGCUGAUUUCUCUUUAUUUCACUUAUGUACAAUCGGAUGAAUUUGAUUUUCAUAGUCGAUCUUAUGCUCUGUGUGAACUAGCAAUGUUUCACACGAGUUUAACAUCAAAUAACGACCAAGCCUAUCACCGUAUCAAGGAUUAUCUAUCGAAUUCUUCGUUGGAAAGUGAACACCGGAUCUAUCUUGUCUUGGUUGUCUUGUAUAUAUUUGCAUUCGGGUCGUUUCCCCGAACACUCUAUCAACAAAUGGACGAAAAUCGAUUCGAAAGGCCGACAUAUAUCGAGCCGUUUAUUUGUCCUUGGAAUGCUCUAUCAAGUUAUACACGUUCACAGAGUGAAAUCGACCAGCUCUUUGAUGAUUUCAUGAAUCCACUCGAACUCUCGGAGAGUAAUUCCGCAUUAUAUAUCAACAGAAUUCAUUAUUUAAAUGCAACGAAAAGAUUCGAUCAAUCGAAAUUGUACAUUGAAACAUUACUUGAAGCCUUUCCAUGUUCAAUUGAACUUUGGAUUGAACUUUUAAUUCAUCCCGGAGUGUCUCAACGGAUACCUGAAAUUCUCGAACGCGCAAGAAAAACAACGGGAGUUUAUUUCGAGUUCAUUUAUUCACUGUCUUCAACGAUGAAUGUUCAACAGCUGUUAACCAAUGGUUCCAUUCCAGCGAAAACGCAUCGCGAAAAAUUCUUUUCUGAGCUUUGCCACUUGUUAGAUACAAACACAGAGCUAAAAGAGAAGACAAUCGAACAGAAUCUUUUGCGCUACACUGGUGAAUUGCACGAUAUCUUCAUUCUUCAUAUAUUUCUUCAUUCAUCUGAUUUAUCGGCCGAUGCGCCACAGCGGCUGAUUGUCAAAGUUUUGAAUUAUUUACUAGCAUACGAUGAACAGCAGCGAAUCUUGAUACUCUAUUCAUUUUUCCGACUGAUCGAAGUUGGUCGCGUUUUGGAUAUAGUCAUCGAUUGUUUUCUCUCGCUAAACUUCGAUCGAUACGAAUGGAUUCUGAAAUCAUUUACUUACCGUCUCUUGGAAAGUUUGAAAUCAAAAGAACGAAACGAUCUUAUAUGGAUUCGUUUGGAUGCAUUUAUUAAACCGUUGAUAAACAAUAGUCACUGUCAGGAGAUUUAUGUCACCAUUCUUCAACGGCUGAUUAUUUCGACGGAAGACAAGACUAAGAUUGUACGCUUAUGUCGUCUCUUCGAAAAACAAUUUCCCAAUUGCGGUCUCAUAUCUCAACAGCUACGACAAAUCAUUUUCAAUUCGGUCAAUACUGACAAUGGCACGGCGAUCACUUCAUAG